GGAUCUGUAGUCUUGACGAUUCGAGUUUGACUGAUUGAUCGACUGUUGACGAAUUUGUCCAUUCCCAGUCAUGGCAGGGGAGCAUGGUGAGGAACGAAAGGAAGAUGACACGAGUAGGAACGGAAUUGAUCACGAGGAUGAUGAUGAUUCUUCGUCGCCGAAUCUCUAUUCCAUUCUAAACCUAAGUCGAGAUGCUACCACUGACGAAGUACAUCGUUCGUAUCGCACUCUUUCCACGACCUUCCAUCCUGACAAGGUCCGCUUGCGGCAGCAAACAGGACAGACCCCAGCAACACUAAUUACUCAACAAGAAACCGACAAAAUUCAGGAAACAUUUUUGCAAUUCAAAAGAGCGCACGAUGUUUUGAUCGAUCCCGUUUUGCGCUUGGCAUACGAUUGUUACGGAGAGGAUGGAGUGGAACUGAUUCGAAAAGUUCAGCAGCAACAGCGGGACGAAAAGACCAGGCGGGAAGAAGCAGCGCGGGAGCAAGAAGAGGGAAAAGAUGACAACGGCAACGCAAACUACGAUGAUUUCGACGAACAAGACGACGACAGCAGCGAUUAUGAUGAUGACGAUUGCGACGACGAUGACGACGAUGCUUGGAAUCUAUAUGAAAAGUUGGAACACUUGUUGGUGGUUCAAAAGGAUGCAUCGGGAGCAAAAGAAGAGCUCCGGAAAUUCAUGGAACAGCAUGAUUAUCUGCAAAAUUUGACGGAGGAUAAUUGCGUCCACCUAAAUCUGUCCAUGACCUUUCCUCCGGUGGUUCCACUUAAGCCUGUCUUAUAUCAGGGAAGAGAUUACCUUCGUUUCGUUCAAAAGAAAAUGCUAUCUUCUCCACCUGUGGACGAAGAGGAAAAACAGUAUCUUCAGCAACGGAUUUUGCAGGAGCGGAGACUUGUCGACUACCAGAUUAGCCAGUUGCGAUCAUCUCAAAAAGCAGAUGUUGGAUUUACCCUGACGAGUGUCGUUCAACCAUCGAGAAAUAAAAGCACGCAUAGCGACGAUAGCGACAACAACAAUCCUAUCAGACAGCAGCCCAGUAAAUGGUCCAUGGCGGUUGGGUGCAGCACAGACCUGAUCUAUCCGGGGGUGGCGGAACUGACCAAAAUGGCAGCGAUUGCCAAAGAUCCGAAGAAAAAAGACUACCAAACUAUGGCUGAAAAGCACCCAAUCACUAUGUUUGUCAACACCAGCUACCAGGCUGCCCCUACGACACAGAUCUUUGGGACGGCUAAUCUCAACAACGACAACGAGUCCCACCAGUAUUCCCUCGGAUCGACACAUACAUUUUCCAACCAAACGGCCUGCCGGUACGGAAUGACGAUCCUGAGUCGAUCUCCCCUUCCAGAUGACGACCCAGUUAUUUUUAACCUCAAGACCUACCGUCACCUGCAAGGGAUCGGGACGACAUCUGUGGGUCUUUCGGCCGGGAGCAACGGCCGGAUACUGCAAUGGAAUGCCAGCUGGCAGGCGACUCUGUCGUCGUUCUCCAAGUUAUUCCAAAGCAGCACGCCACAGCAGCAACAACACCAGCAGAACCGCUUUUCGCACAAGGUUUUGGCAAAGGCUUCUGUUGGUAUGCUCCAGGGGAACUCAUUGGAAUUCGGAUACAAGUGCAAGUUUCCAAAAAAGGGGGAGAGUAGAAACAACGAACAGAACAGCAGUGAAAGCAACCUUUGGACAUGGCUCGAAGAAAACUUCACCCUUCCCAAAAAAGCCGAACUCACAACCGUAUGGGGGCACUUUUCGAAGCUAAAUGCUAUGGUUACACACGAGAUCACAUCGCUGGCCACUCAUCCGACUCUCGCAUUUGGCCUGGAACACGAUAUUUCCCUGGGACGAUGGGCUUGGAUCUGGGAGAUUCAGUACAACAAUUCUACCUUUCGGAUACCAAUUCCUGUCUUGCAACUGGGUAGCGUGACAAAUUAUCAGGCCUUUUACUCCCAGAAAUUUUAUUAUGGAAUUUACUGCUUGUGCCUUCAAUCUAUGGUGGCAGACUUGCUGGAAGAAACUGGAGGAGGCGAUCGAAAGGCUUCUGCUCCUACCAGCAAUAACAACAGUACAAAUGAUGCCAAUUACGGAAUCAGCCCCGGUGUCGUAGUUUCUAGGAGGAAAGGUGGAGUUUUCUUGAUGGUCAAGACCAAGUCCGAAGCCGAGCGACAGCUGGCACUGAUGAAACCCGUAGCAGAAAAGAAAAUAUAUCGUGAAAUGCAGCGACAGUUUGGCACGGGAAAAGGCUUGAUCGUUUUGACCGCUACCUACUGGCAUCGAAUGAGUCACAAUUCCUCCAUAGUGAACGGUAGCGAGGAUAACAAUCAUAGCGAAUACGAUAACAAAGAUCCAUCUUUAAUGGUGCACGAAGUAGUGUCUAUGGACGCCACAGUACAGCUGCAAUUUUGGGUCUUAAACGGGAAACUCGUUGCUCCUAGUGGGAUUCCGAAAUCUUCUUGGAUGGGAUUUUACACUCUAGCCACAGAAUCGAAGUUCCGGAAGAAUCGCCGUCGCUUUGGCAGGAACCAAAAAUCGGCAGCAAGACGAUGGCUAUCUAUAGGUUGUCGUCGUUUCAAUCAUUUCUUGAACCAGUUAUCUACAAUCAAAACAACAAGGAAGAAAGGGAACGAGGAAGACGAUCUGUCUCGAUCGAACGAUCCACAAGAAGAGGAAGGUCCUCGAUUGACUGUUCGGUAUUCCUACAACGGCAACGUCUACGAAAUUAGCGUGGGAGAAACAGAGGGAUUUAAUCUUCCCUGCGAGGACGACGACCGAGUGGAACGCUUGGGAGACGCUGCGUUUUUGCAGUAAGGCAGGGUAUAGACGUACAGAGACUUAAAUGUACGCAAAACAAGUGAUUUUCGUCGUAAGGACUUAUCUAAUGAGUUCCAACGUUUAAAAUAGAAAUCUGCAUAUCUU